AUGUCUUCACAUAACCCCAACCGUCCUUCUCGUCACGCAAUGCCAGCUCCAAGUACUGCCACUGUAAAGUCCUCCUAUAUGAGUGACAAGAUCCGCAACGCUCCCACCCUCGGGCCUGGCGAUAGCCUGAGCCAGAUGAGCCGGAAGAGCUCUCACGUUGAUCCUAGUCACUCUUCGAGGGCACCCAAGUCUCACGCCUCUGGUAUGAGCGGCCACUCUCGGCGCGGGGCAUCAAGACACCUCUCAGCGGUACCUGAGGUGUCCACCAUCAGCUCUUCGAGCAACAGCAAUCUGUCUUGGGCCCCCAUGUCCCACGCAUCGGGCGGAUCAACCCCCCAAGCCUCCUCAAAGCACAGUAGAUACGCUCCCGUACUCGACAGCAGCCAUGUGUCUUGGUCCCCCAUGUCCCACGCAUCGGGCGGAUCAACCCCCCAAGCCUCUUCAAGGCACAGCAGACACGCUCCCGUACUCGACAACUCCCCCCAGUCAUCAAAGAAUUCGAGCUCAGCUUGGUUCUCUGACGAGAAGGCCCGCAGCGCUUAUCAACAGAUGACCCAUAGCCAGGCCGGGAGCUCAGCCUCCAAUGCCUCGCGGGGCCAGAGUGGUAUGCAUGCCCCCAGCCGCCACACAGCGACACCCUCGUACACGUCGGGUGCGGCUGGCCCCUCCGGGAGCCACCGCAGCGCCGCACCAAUAUCUAUGAGCUCCAACAUGAGCGGGCAGGGCUACAGUUCUUCUGGCAGUCGCCAGCCAGAGCCCCAAAUGUGUGGAACCUCCGGUGCCUCAAGACAAAUGUCCCAAGCGUCGGGCAUGAGCGGACAUGGGUCCCAGGUUUCUUCGUCUAGCCGCCAGUCCGCAUCACCGGGCUCCCAGAAUAUGAGUAUGACCCAGCACGGAGGGAGGGCCGGUCAUCGUUCCGUGGUCCCAUCGCCAUUGGGUCAGGCCCCUGUUCACAAUGGUUUCAGAGGUACGAUUUCCACACCUGAGGGAAAGCCUGGGGAGACAGUGGAAGUCAACAUCAACAUUCGUACCACCAGGAAGUAG